AGUGAAGAUAAAAAUAUAUAAAAAUAAUACUUUAUUGCAAAAGAAUACUCACACACACACACACGUCCAACGUGUAUCUUGAGUAGAAAAAAAAAUACUAUUAUAGUCAGUAUUUAUAUUAGUACAAAAGACCAUCCAUAUUGCUAUCGCCACUACUCUGCUCAUUAGCUGUAAUAUUUUUACAAGAGCAAGAAAUUUAUUUUGUAAUGUCAGACUUAAACGCCUUUAUGCAGGUAUGAAUAUACUUUUCAUUAAAUCAAUAUUUCUGCAUUAAAAUUAUUUUUUAUUUGUCUGAUGUAAUAUUACAACAUUGAAUGUUGUAUUGUAAUUACCUGGAAACAUGAGGUCAUAAUUCAGAUUAAUAUUUUCUUGAAAAUUUCCAUUUGUUUGUAAUUAAUCCAUACAGUGUGUUUCAGUUAAUGAAUUGUUACUGAAGUAAACAGUAAAACGCUAAUUCAUUGAAUGUAUCCGUAUAUAAAAAAUAGGUCAGUAUGACUCAAUCCGGAACAUUAAAAGUAAACAUUAUUCGGGUAAAAAAAAUGUUUUAGAAAAAAAAAUUUAACAGCUCCCUGUUGUAGUUGCAUUUCCUUCCUCUGGGUGGCGGCAUUACAUAAAAGCAGGGUUUGUGGGUCAGAAGAAGAGAAGCGACCAAUCAGCGCCGAGUUUGUGUUUUUGAAUCGCUCUGUUUUGAACGUAACGCGGUUGAUGUCAGUUCGGGUAGAGCAGCUUUAUUCAUCAGAUUUGAAAUCUUGGUUCAAAUUGGCUGUUUAAGUCUGGAAGAGGUUGUUUAUGCGAACUCCGGAUUGAUCUUUGUGAGAGGAUGUCACAGUCCAGCAUAGAAGACUGGUCUUCCAGUAGAAGAGGCGAGCGUACUCCUCUGAGAAGCCUGGAAAAUGAGACUCCUUCAUCGAGGAUCAGGUCAAAGCCACAAUUCAGCGGUGACACAGUGAAAGCUGGCAUGGCUGACAUUCAUCUCUGUGACACACAGACCCAGUUGGGCACUGUGACCGUUCCCGUUUCCAUGGAUACUACCCAGUCUGUGUGUGGACUUGAAGAUGUCACAUUCAAAACCUUUAUUUGUUCCAGAGGUGAAGUUGAGAUUUCUGACUCUUCAGAUGGUGGAGGACAGAGUUUGAUUUUGCCUAAACAUGUGACUACUUUUACUCUUACCGCCGAAGCGGAAGAUUCAGUCGCUUCACCCAGCAGGAUGGAGCAACCCUGCGGUGAGCAUGUGGAGCAUCCAUAUUGCAACUGCAGUGUCGAACAGCCGGAUUCUCCAAUCGCCUGUGAAGCCGCUGAGGAAAAAUAUUUAGCAUGGAAGUCGUUCGCCUGUGAUGGAGCUGAUGUUAAAGUUUCAGACUCCACUGGAUUAAAGGAGGAGACGGUUCCUCUGCCCCUGGAUGACCACUGGGGUCCAGCACAAGACGACGGCACAAACUCAGCCGACUGCACCCUGCUGCUUCCAGCGCAGAGAUCAGAAAACCCCGAUGAUCCAACUCUGAAGCUGCUGAACUGCAGCGGUGGCGAGGUAGAAAUCCCAGCGGACGCUGAUGUUGCAGAUGAGACUAUUCCUCUUUCUCACACCUGUUCUGGCUGCAACCUUAGCAUGGAUCUGAGUGUGUUAGCCAGUGAUUAUGACCUGGAAAACGGUAAAGAUCACUUAGAUCAUCCCUACUGCAAUGUAAAAUACAAAUCCUCGCUUUCACCAGAGGAGGUGAACACUAUUCCAGACCUACAACCGUGCAGCGCUGAAAUAAACUUGGUGCUACCUAAUGGGCAGGAUGAGAACUUUGAUUGGAAAUCAGGUGAAUCCCAGGUGUCCGAGAAGAUGUUGACUUCGCCUAAAGAGAAUUACAACAAAGAACAAACGAACGACCGUCUGAAGAAUGGAGAAGUCGUGUUUGAUGCUAAUCUACCACCUGAGACUAACGCAUCAUUAGUUGCGUCUGACUGCAGCCACCUUGACGCUUCGGCAGAAACUCUACCACAGCAGCAGCAGCUGGAUUCCAGAUCCCACUCCGAGGCAAAGGACAGCGCUCUGGGUUCUUUGGGUCUCUGUAACUCUGCAGAAAAAGCUACUCCUGCAUCUCCUGCUAUCUUAAAAGUCCUGUCAGAGUGUCCAUCAGUUGCCUCCGCCCUGCAGUUUCUCAGCCCCAUCAUGAAGAGAGCGUCUCUGUCCGCGCUGAAGCGCUCAUUGGUAUCGGGUCAGGACAUGUUUCUACCUGACGAUUCUGCUCUGGAGGAUGAGAAAAGCCUUUUGGCUCCUGUUAAUGUUGACUCCAUGGGGUUGUUAGCAGAGCAGCUUGAAAGCCCAAUGCCCCACCCUCUGCUUAACUCCACGGUUGUAAGUUCAAAGCCACAGGAGGUUUCUGGGAAGAAAGCGCAGACGGAAACGGCGCCGCUGAUUCCUGAUGGCCAGUUUCAGCAGCAGCUUCGGCAGAUGGCCGAGUUCCUCAUGAUGGCAUGUGGAAAAAUGAGCUCCACUCCCCCUGCUGCCUUCAUGGCCCCCUCAGACAGAGCGGAUCCUGCAGAGUGCCACAGCGUCUGUGUGGGCACCAGUCCACUGAAGAUGGUGGACCACAGUCUGAACACGUCGGGAAUAUUUGUGAAAAAGAGGGAAUUCUCUGUGACCGAUUCCUGCACAGCGACCGAACCACUCAUCUGGAAUUUACCUCCAGGCAGCCUGGAGAGCCUCCCGCGGCCGGAGCUGGAGCAGAGGCUGACGUCCAGCAUGAUCAUGGUGGAGGCGCUGGUCCAGCAGCUGGCUGCAGCCAGGGCGCACCGCCGCCCCUCUUUGGGCCCGGCUCCUUCGGACCUGAGAGAGAAGCUGGUUCAGACGGACCACACUGAGCUCAGUCAGACCGCGAUGUACAGAGAUCUCUACAUGGAGGCUCUGAGCCGGAUAACUGAGCUGGAGCUUGAUGGAAAUUCCCUGCAGAAUCUCGUCCAGGCUAUGCAGGAGAUGAGAGCUGCCAUGUCUUCUUUGAGCAGCGACACAGAUGUAGCUCUGUCCAACAUGAAGAAAAUGGGCGAAACCAUCAGGGAGGACCAUCAGAACCUGGCGUCCCACUACGAGCUCAUGAAGUCCCUGUUCGAGAAAUCAAAGGAAACUCAGAGGAGAAUCCUGGAGAAAGUGAAAGAAGUUCUUCAGCAGAGGAACAGCAUGGAGGCUCGGAUGGAAGAAGCCUUCACGGCCAAGGAGGCAGCUUUCAGUGCGAUGGAUCAGCUGAGGACACACUGCGCCUCUGAAGUCUCAGCUCUGGAGAAAUGUGUCGGAUCUCAGGAGGAGCUGCUAGCGGCUCUGAACCAAACCUACCCGGAUCAGGUUGCUCUGAACCGGACCUGCCAGGAAACUCUGAGCUCGGCCUCUGAGCUUCUGUCCCGAACUGCAGAGGAUCACUCCAGCCUGAUGCAAGAGCUUUGCAGCGUGCGGAGCCUCCUGCAGAAAACGGCCCCGACGCUCCUUCAGCUGAACGAGCGAGCCGCCGCCGCGCUGAGGGAGAGGGACGAGCAUCGGACGGCGAGAGAGCGAGCCGCCGAAGAGAGAGAACAGAUUGAAGACGAGCUGAAGGAAACUCACCUGAACCUUCAAACCGCCUCGCAGCAGAUCAGCGAUUUAAAUCUGCAGAUCACCAUCUUGACAUCAGAGAUGGGCGUCCUGCGGCAGAAACUAACGGCGGGAGAGGAGGAGUCUGCUCAGCUGGAGAGGAAGGUGACGGAGCUGUCGGCGACCAUUUCCUCCACGCUGGCGUCCUACGCCUUCCUGGAGCAGGCGCUCGCCGCCGAGACCGCCAACCUGCAGCAGACCUGGAAAGACCUGCAUGGAGCCAACGAAAGAGCAAAUCAACUGCAGGCGUCUCUGUCGGGUUCAGAGCAGCGGGUCGGUGAACUGGACCGGGCGCUGGCUGAGAGCGACCUGCAGCUCGGUCAGCUCCAGAACCUUUCCCAGUCUCAGACGGUUCAGAUCCAGCAGCUGCAGGAAGUCUGCACCCAGCUGGGCGGCGUGCGGGAAAUGAAUGAGUUCCUGCAGAUGGAGAAUGAGCUGGCGAGGGAGCAGGUGGCCGAGAGCGAGCGGAUGCUCAGGAGCAACCUGCAGGCGCUUCGGGAGAGAAACAUUGAGUGCGAAGACUUGAAAUCAGAAGUGUGCAAACUUCAGCUUGAGAAUCAGAGCCUGAGUGACGAGUUGGAAACGUCCCGAUGCGCAGCCGGCGCCGCUCGCAUGGAGCUGCAGGAGAAGAUGGCUGAGGCGGUCACUGAGAUCACCGUCCUGCAUCACACGCUGCGCGGUCUGACCACAGAGCUGCAGCUUUCCCUUAGCAACCAGAAGGAAGAACACCAAAAGCAGAAAGAGUCGGCCAUGUUCUCCGGUGCGGCGCGCCAUCAGACGUCCAGCUCCUUCGUCGACAGCGUCAUGGUGGCUUUAACGGCCGAGAAGGAGGAAGACGUCAGAACAGACUCGACUUUAGAUGCAUCAGAGCCACAGAGUGACGCGUUUUUCAGCGAGACGAGUGCCUUCACCCGCGUCGCAGCUCUCAACCCAAAGACGAUCUCGGAGCCAGUCCAGAAUGAAGAGGAGGAUGAGGAGGAGCAGAGCAGCAUGGCGGAGCUCCUCUCCGGCCUCAGCAGAACCGUCGCAGAGCUCGUCAGCACGCUGCAUCAGGCUCAGCGCUGCAGAGACGCGCAGCUGCAGGAGCUGCACAGCACCAUCGGUGGCCUGCAGAUGGAGCUGCAGACCUCAAGCAGCAGGCAUCAAGCUGAAGUCCUUGAGUUGAAGCAGGAGUUGCGGUGCCUCAGCAGCCUGGUGGAGAGAGGAAAACAGGCUCUGCAGCACAAAGCUCAGGAAGAGAAAACUCUGACGAAGCUGAUGGAAGACGUCCAAGAGGCCCAGGAGAUUUUAAGAAAACACAAGAGCGACAACAAUGAGUUGCGAAGGGAGGCGGCUGAGCUGCGUCGUGCCCUGGAGCAGUCCAGAGUGGAGUCCCAGUUCCUGCGGGAGGAGCUGAGGAGAACUGGCGACCCGGCGGCGGCCCCAGCUCACCACAUGGAGGAGAAGAUCCAGCUGCUGAAGGAGGUGGAGAAGCUUAAGGCCAGUCUACAGGAAGCAGAGCAGGCCAAAUUUAAACUCCUGGAGAGAGCCAAGCGGCAUCAAAUCGUCCAUCAGACCAACCAGCAGAAGUCUGACAAUGAGCUCCAGAUUUUAAACCACAUGAUCAAUAAAGUCAGAGAGACUCUCCUCUCGCUGCCAGAAGUGGUGAAACGUUGCGAACAGCUGCAGCGGCUGGUGGAUUACAUCGGCUGAAGCGUUUCUGGUUGUCGACACGUGUUUAGAUUAUUUAUGUUUUUUGUGUUCAUUGACCUGUUUUUAAUCUUUAGAAUGAUUAAAAUAUCUUAACAUGUCAUUUCUUUUGUCAAUAAAUGAAAUAUCAACAAUAUUAACAUUAAAUGAACAAUCUUGA